CAGGAACUUACUUUUCUUUAUACAGAUGUAGGACUCCCUUUGUGACUUCAACAAGAGGGUUUCCACAGAAGAAACUAAUAGUGUCUUCUUCUUCAGACAUGCUGUUUUCAGGAGGGGAGCGUCUGGAGCUAGUGGGCAGGAUCCCUGUGUCCGUGUUUGGUCCUGUCAGGACACUAGCAUAUGUCUCUACAGUAAUAGUCUUGGACUCGCGAGCUCCUCGGUCCUUCUUCUUCUGUUCUUUAGCAGCUUCUAAAGAAGAUAGACAGAAUAUAUGUAUUUUUAAUACCUUCUAGAAUUUUCUUUAAAAUAAAUGCUACAUGUCUUACAGAAGCAAUGGCUGUAAAUAUUUGAAUAGAUAGGUAAAAUGACCCUCUGACCUUAUAAUUAGAUUCAUUCAUAUCUAAUUAGUAGGUAUUUAGUCUUUGUUUCCAUAAGUUUAACUUUAAAAUAGUUUUGGUGUUUCGAAAUUGAAAAUUAAUUUAAUUGAUUAUCGCCCAUUUCGGGAAGAUCUUCGUCGAUUUCAAUACGGAGAACGCACAAAGACACGGACAUUUACAAGCAAAUUAUUUAGUCAAACAAAAAGAAAAAAACGAUUCCAUUCAGCCUUUACACAUCACUGAAGAUUGUGAUUAUACUUUAUUCCAUGAUACUGCAAACAAAGCAAUUAUUUCGAGAAAUUUUAGGAAUCACAGCACAAUCAGAUGACAACAGCUUGGACAAAUAAAAAAUAAUCAAUUCAGAUAAAUACUUUAUGGCUUUCCUCGGUGAGACAGUGAUAUCUCAUACAACCAUGAGGGAAAGAAAUGCAAUAAUAACUUCAAAAUUUCAUCAACAACAAAACUCUUGAUCAUCGGGUUCAGCCAAUAAGCUUUUGGUAUUUGAUAUUAUGCCAAUAUGACAAUUUUGACACGAACAGCUGACAGUGACAAUGGCUACGAAGACGUCAAUAAGAAAUACCAUAGACCAUCCACUUUUUAAUAGUGUGAUAAUUUGUUAUUGUGGUUAAAUGAAAUAAUUUCUUUGUUUUCCAAAUGUUGACUUCGAUUAUAAAAUUAUUUUCUUAUAAUAGAGUAAUUUAAGAGUUACAUUUGAUUGAUACAUUUUUAAACAUAUUUACAAAAGGUUUCCAAAGUGUGUGUAUCCGAACAAGAUUUACUGAAAAAAAUAUCAUUGUAGUUUCAAGUUCUCCCAUUGUACAUUGCGUAUUUUAUGAUAGCAAGGGAACAUUAGCUAAUACAAAAAACGUAAUUGGUAUCAAAAUUUUAAAAAGUCGCUUUUAUUUGAUGUUGAGUGGAAAUAAAAGAAAAAAAUAUUCAAUAUGGCUACAGAUCAUACGACGUGAGCUGUCAGCUGUAAUAAUUUUUGUUUCUUUGUGUUUAUUACGCCUUUAAAAAUGUUAUGAUCGUUACGUACACGCGAAUAUGGGUGCGAAAGACUCGAAACCAUCUUUUAUAUCUUACGAGGAUGCAGUGAAACGAGUGUCUGAUAGUGAGUUGAGACGUAUACGCGAAGCGUUCAAGAGAUGUGCCGGUGCAAAUGGAACGGCCUUGAGCUUAGAGGCGUUUGUCCAUGAAGUGCUUUGUGAUGGAGUUCCCUGCGAGGUGGCCGAGUGGCUGUACCAGGCGUGUGGCGGCACCAAGAGAGGCAUCGCCUUCAGGGAAUUGCUGUGCGGGAUCGUGGUGCUUACUAAGGGCAACAUCGAGGAGAAAAUAAAGUUUCUAUGGACUCUAUAUGUGAACAACCAAGGAGACAAUGGCACAUACAUAUAUAAGAGAGAUUUCGCGCGAACUCUCCACCUGGAAUACAGUUCACUGCCCUACACUGGGGCACAAAGAAAUGCAGAAAUACUUUUGAGCCUUUUUGGCCCAGCAGAAAAGGUCACUUUCGAUCAAUUUCGUUCAUGGCUGUUAAUACACAAAGAUGCGACAGUGCUGUCCAAAUGGCUACUGUCGGAAGUCAAUGUGGCCCAGGACCUGGAGACCCCUACAUUCUACCAGAGUCUGGCAGGAGUCACACAUUUGGAAGAGCGGGACAUAAUAGAGCUGGAGAAAUGCUUCUGGACGCUAAGGAAUGCUGCACCCACUGGACAGUUGGAUGCAGAAAGCCUGUCGCCUCUCAUAUCUCCGCCACUCCCUGCAGCAGCUGUCGCGGGAGCAUUCCUGGCCUUCGAUGAGAAUAGGGACGGCCAUGUCGACUUCAAGGAGCUGUGCUGUGGACUCAGCGCGGCCUGCAGAGGACCACGAACUGAGAGACUUAAAUUUUGCUUCAAAAUCUUCGACCUGGACAGCGAUGGAGUGCUCAACAAGAAGGAACUCAUUGACAUGGUGGGGAUCCUCUGCACCGUUGCCAAUGAAAGCCUCAAGAACCAGAACUCCAGGGCUUCUACUCCUUCAGACAGCAAUGACUCCGAGGGUACGGAGAAAGGGUUCGACCCUGAAGUCAUCCUGGUCAAUUUGAGAGAGAAACUGGUCACCGUUCCCAAGAAUGGGAGGAAGCCAGUGUUCCAAUUGGGACCCAAUGGUGAUAAGGAGGACAUUAUUGUUUUAAAAGAGCAGCAAAAAGAACAAGAUCAGACACAGACAGAAGAAGAAGUAGAGAACGAAGGUCUGAUAGCGAAUGACAUGGCGCUGACUCUGGAGGACUUUUUGAUAUGGAGCGUGGAGAGCGCGGAGACGCUGGUCACUCCCUUCCUGGACUUAUUGUUUGAGGUCUGCCAUAUUGUGCUGGGGCUGAGGCCACAGUGCAAACACCAGGAGCGGGAUAUUGUACUGGGCUGGUUAAGGCGUGCAGUUCAACGAGGGUACGCAGUGGGUCAGUUCUGGUACCUAGUGGGGGCUGAGUGGUGGGGGAACUGGCUCGCAUACACCUCCGCCUCCAGCACCGACAACUGCUGCCGACCUCCACACAGGCACAUCGACGAGGCUAUCGUCUGCGAUGAGAGCUUCACCAGCAACUCCACUGAGUCGAUGGGGUCCCUGCUGUGGCGCGCCGAGACGGGGUCGCUGGGCAGCGGCGGCAGCAGCAGCGGCGUGAGCAGCGCGGCGGCGGCGCGCGGCGCGCGGGCGCCCGGGCCCGUGCACAACAAGCGCCUGCUGGCGCCCGCGCCCGCCGCCGCGCGCACGCUCACGGGCGAGGGCGGCCAUCUGCGCCGCGACCUCACGCUGGCGCAGCACCACGACUUCGAGCUCGUGAUUCGUCCCCCAAAUUCUGACGUGGAAUUAGAGCUGUAUCCUCUGCACUUGAAGAUAUUGCGACAUGUGCAGAGUCCUCAGAGAAUGGCCCCGGGCGGUGUGGCGGGUGCGGGCGGCGCGGCGCUAUACAGCGGCGUGGCCCCGGCGCCGCCUGAACGACAACUCGCUUAUACUGCCGCAUUCUCACGACUGGCCACUGUGAAGCAGGUAUGCGAGUUCCUGUGCGCAGCGCUGGGGCUGGCGCGCGAGGACGUGCGGCUGUGGCUGGUGGCGGGCGGCGGCGCGGGCGGCGUGCUGCUGGACGACGAGCGGCCCACGCUGGCCGCGCUGGGGCUCGACGACCGCGCGCGCCUACUGCUGGAGCUCAGGAACCCCGACCUCACCUGGCCCGAGGAGAUCGGGGCACUCAGUAUGAGCAGUGGUUCGUGCCGUGCUACCGAGCGCCGUGAGACCCUGAUAGCCCCCAACCUGCCCGGCGCCACCGGCCUGCACAACCUCGGGAACACUUGCUUCAUGAACGCAGCGCUGCAGUCGGUGUGGAAUACGGGUCCCCUGACUCGCACGACGCGCAGGAGCUGCUGGCGUGGCUGCUGGACGCGCUGCACGAGGACCUCAACCGCGCGCCCGCCGCCGCGCGCCGCGCCCGCCGCGCCCGCCGCCGACUCGGCCGGCCGCGCCGACCGCCUCGUGGCGGCCGAGGCCUGGGCGCAGCACGCGCAGCGCAACGCCUCCAUCAUCACCGACCUGUUCCUGGGCCAGCUCAAGUCCAAGGUGCAGUGCGACACGUGCGGCCGCGACUCCGUGCGCUUCGACGCCUUCAACAUGCUCAGCCUGCCGCUGCCCAUGGAGUCCUACGUCUGCUGCGAGAUUAGAGUAAUGUUACUAGACGGGUCAGUGCCUAUAAAGUACGGAGUCAGAGUGAAUUCGGAAGGCACGUAUUUGGAUCUCAAGAAAAAACUAUCAGAUUUAUGUGGACUAGCGCCUGAAUCCGCCACGGAGCUGUUCGCGUACGAGCUCCCGCGGGACGGGGACGGGGACGACUGCAGCGACUGCGACGACGACACGCACGACACCAACGGCUGGAGCCCGGAGUCGGCGGCGUGGGCGGAGGUGAGUGUGGGCGGCGGCAAUACUUCCUCACUCUGCAUGCCAGCACUCUUCUGCUUCAAGCGCUCGAGAUCGGAAAUUCUUAUGUCCCAGAGUCCUCCGAACACGCUGUACAAGCACGCCGUGUUCAGCGACGCGUCGUCCCGCAGCAGCACGCUGCCGCGCCACGCGCGCCGCGACUCCUCGCCCACGCCCAGCGCGCGCUCGCUCACCCUCGCGCCGCGCUCCCCGCGCUCCCCGCGCCUGCCCAGCGUCAAGUUCGGCUCCUCGCCCUCCAACAUGGGCCGCCUCGACGACACCAGGGAGCCGCCCGCUGGGAAGAUACAGUAUCUCGUUGCCGUGCAUAGGAAACAAACCCGGUCGGACGCGUACUUCCUGCCGUGGCAGCGCAGCCGCGCGUCGGUGUUCGGCGUGCCGCUGGUGGUGGGCGUGCGCGGCGCGGGCACGGGGCGCGGGCUGUACGCGCGCGUGUGGCGCCAGGUGGCGCGCCUGCUGUCGGCGCGGCCGCGCGGCGCCGACGGCCACAACCACGCCACGGACUGCGACGACAGCCUGGGCUACGAGUUCCCGUUCCGCGUGCGCCUGCUGCGGCGCGGCGCGGCGUGGUGCGCGCGCUGCGCCUGGCCGCGCCUCUGUCGCGGCUGCGCGCUGCCCUCCGACGACACGCCGCUCACUCACUCCGGUAAACGUCGUCACAGUAAACGUCCGAGUGUAACCCCCACCACAAUAGACGGCGACGUGCCCAACACUAACUCUCCCGUCGCCAAGAACAAACUCAACAGACAUGCUGCCACGCGGUUAUCCGCUGAUAUGUCGGGCGAGUGUGAGAGCGGCGAGGUGGGCGCGCGCGAGCUGAGCGCGCUGCUGGCGGGCGCGCGGCGCGGGGACCUGGUGCUGGCCAUCGACUGGGACCCCACCGCGCUGCACCUGCGCUACCAGUCCACCAGGGAGAAGGUUGUCCACCUAAAACGAUUCCAAUAUGUGAAUAACAAAUGGAUUAAAUCGCAAAAAGUAGUCAACUUCCCGUUCCAAGACUUCGACCCCACGGCCUACCUAGCGUCAGUACCACAGGAAACCAUACUCCGGCAUAACGAGAUACUCAACUCGAAGCGAAGGUCAUCAGUAUUCGUGGACGAUACUAUAUCGGAGUCAGAAAGCGAAGACGACGAGAGUAAUGUCCAGCAGAAGGUUCAGAGGCCAAAGGUGGAGAGGAAGCGAAGGAGCUCAGCGGAGGUGAAAGGGAGGGAGAGGUUAGAGUCCACGAGUUUGGUGACGACGCCGGUGACGGACGACAACCUGAUCGAUUACCACGGGCACCACUUGGUGCCGGAGCAGGACCCGUUCGAGCUGAAGUACCGGCUGUACGCCGUGGUGUCCCACUCGGGCCAGAUGAGCGGCGGGCACUACGUGGCCUACGCGCGCAACCCGUCGGGCGCCUGGCUGUGCUACAACGACAGCUCGUGCCGCGAGCUGCCCGCCGCGCCCGCGCCGCCCAUCGACCCCGCCGCCGCCUACCUGCUCUUCUACGAGCGCCAGGGACUCGACUACGAGCGGUACCUCCCAGACAUCGCGGGCAAAGAGCCUGUGGUACGAGACACUGAAGUAUUAGAUCCUGAUGAAAACGACCUGAAGAAAAUGUGCUCUAUUAUGUAGAAGUUAUGGUAUAUAACGGCGUGAGACUACUUGCCUGGUGGCAUAGAGCCACCCUCGUAAGGAAUCCAGCUCUGCGGUGUAAUAGGGCUUCUUAGGGUUUCGACCCCCUAAGCUUGAAAUUGGUGAUAAGACAGCGCGAGCAUUGACAGCUAUAUCUACUAUCAUACACUGUAUAACGUCCAGAUUUGAGUAUAAAAAGCCGAUAUAUUAUACUGUUGUUUUUUAUUUGGUUUGCUUAAAAAGGUGUAUUGUAAUAUGUACCUUAUUAAAUAGUGGUUAAGGUAUGUACUCGGUUGUCUGAUUAUUUAAAGCGUUCGUCACUUCACCGAUUUCAGCUGUCUAUGAAGGUGGAAUGAAAUGCUUAUAAAUUAUAUGGCCCGAAGAUUCGGUGUAUAGUUUCGAAAAUUUAAAUAAAUAUAAUAAAGAAAAUAUUGCAAAUAAAUUAUGGUAUAUUGUGGUCUGUCUCAAAAUAUGUAAGCUUAUGUUCAAACCGCGAAGGGACCACAGAAAACGCUCAAAAUUUGAAUUGAUUGCAAUUUUUUAUUCUAUUGUUAAAUUGAGUAUAAUUAAUUAUUUCAAUGAUCAAUAUUUUAUCGAAAUUAAGUCAUUUACACACUGCCAGGUACCUAAUUCUUUAUUAUGAAAUACACUGGUACAAAUAAUGAUGGCGCUCAAAUAUAUUUUCGAGUUAAAAAUAUCUAUACAUCUAAUCAUGUACGGCUACUUAAAUACCAAAAAUUAUCAACACAAAUUUUAAUUAAUCUAUUAAUGUAUUGAAUUGAAUAUUAUCAAUAAUGACAUUAUUUCAUUUUUUAUAAUUGUUUUUGUAAAUAAAUGAUGUUGAUUUUUUCGAGCGAGGGUUUGGCGUGAUAUCGCGCGGAAAGAUGGCGACACGGGAAUAAUAAUUAUACAAAUACAUUACUGUUAAACUUACCACAUGUCACAGAUUAGAUAUGAAUAGAAUAACAAAUUAAAAGUAUAAAUUGAAUUUCUUCAUUUUAAAACUCAAUAAGUUUCUUGUUCAAAGGUAUAGGCAAAUUUUUCAUUACUAUUUAUGUAUUUAUUUUCUUCUUCACAAAAUACAACAGUGAAUGGCGGACUUAAUGCCUUAAGGCAUUCAGUCCGCUACUAUAUACUAUUCUGUUUAGAUACUAUGUGUUUAGAUACUAUAAUAUCAAAAUAUUUUAAUAUAUUAAAUGUUUCUUUCUUUAUCGAGUGUUACCGGUAAAGUAUUUGUAAAAUUAUUUUUAAUCUGUGUCCAGAGCUCAGGGUAUCGUUACAGAGUUUUGUUAGUUAUUAUGAUUGCGUAGUUGUAAUGCAUUCCUAUUGUUGGUUCUAUAAGCGUUGGAGCUACAUGCAGGUUUGUGUGGGCAGAAGCUUUAUAGGUAAUCCGUGGUAUGAGCCAAAUGGUGUUUAAGGCGAUAAUCGACUGAGAGAAUAAUAAACUUGACGGUAAUUGUGAUAUAAUCAUCCCAAAACCCCUAUCUCAUCCCCAAUCCCCAUAUCGCUAAUCCCUCAAAUCCCUGACAGGUCGGCAACGUACUUGCAACUCCUCAGGUGUAACAGAUGUCCAUGGUCGACGCAGACUGCUUACCAUCAGGUGAUCCGUCUGCAGGUUUACCGGCUUACCCCAUAAAAAUAUCAUGAGCUUUCUAUUAUUUCGGUCAAUUUACACUUACAUGUCAUUUGUCUCAUAACGCAGGACAUACUUAUCAACAUUACUUUAUUUAAAAAGUUGGCAUUUAUCUCAGUAUUCCGACUUUUUAUAGUAAUGUCGAUAAGGGUGCUCUUAUAUUUUUUAUUAUGUUUUUAUUAUAUGAAGUUUGGCAACGCGUCCCUGUAUAUGAUGGGUGGACUAACCAGUUGAACGGAUCUAGUGUCACUAGUGUGUGUCAGUCAGGGCAAGUGUGAUAUGUAUGUAAUUGUUUUCUGUUAUUCAAGUUUUGUUGUAUUCGUGUCUGCUUAGUGUUUGUUGGUGAGUAACGUGCGAUGGGAAUGUCAUUUCUAUACACUGAUAUACUGUAUGAUUAAGGCCUCUUGUUGUGCCAGUUUACCUAACAUAAACGCGUUGUAGUAUUGGUGAAAUAGGCCUCCAAAUGAUACUUGGAAUAUUUUGAUACUUAUGAGUAUUGUCAGUGUAUAGAUCUGUCGCCAUCUAGUGUCGUACGUUACGGCCGCGUUGUCAAGCCUGAGUACUGGCGGCGGAGUGUCGCGGUAACAUGGAGACUGAUGUGAUGUAAUAAUAAACGUGAUGUGCUAUAUUUUACUCAACGGAAUAUUUUCUAUUUAAUUACUAUUAUUACUGUAGAUAGUCUCGCCUCACAUGUUUUGUACCAAAUGCUUUAUUAUCUCAGUUUUAGUUCAUCUUAUGAUAGCUAACGAAUGUUCAACUUAUGAAAACAAUAAGAUUAGUUUCGAUUUGCUACAAAACACGAGGGGCACAAUAAUAAAAUAAUAUAUUCUUCUAGCGCGAAACUAUUUAGUGUUAUAUACGUGUUAUUGGCUGUUUUAUGUUAAUGCGAUUAGUUUUAACCGAAAACGGUCGAUAUGACCACUGGCUUGUCAUUUGUGCGCGAGUAGAAAAGACAUUUAACAAAGAAAUAUUGUUAUUUGUAUGCGCAAUAUUUGCGCAAAGUUUGCGCAUUUUGAUUGUUUUGCGCACAUGUGACUUUUCAGUACUAUGAGCUUCAGCAUCCAGACAGCUCACUAUAAACUAUGUUUUUGUAAUUAUCGUACGGCUUAGGGCACAAUGUCGUGAUGCUUAAUAAAUUCUAGUGAGAUACGAUAUAUAAGUAUUAGACGUAUAUGUUUAAGUAAUAUAUUAUUAUUGAUAUUAUGAGCCGGUGUGCACGAUCCUAGUUAAUCAUUUUAAUAAUUUGUUUACAUUUAUUCGAAAUAAUUUAAUGAAAGUAGCUUUUAUAACGCGACGUUAUGAGUUAGCGAUGUUGGCUGCCGAUGUACCGGUAGUGGUAACAUUAAUGUGAGCCGGGGCUAGUGGUGUGGUCCUUGGUGUUUAGUCGAUAUUUUAUUUAUUCGAUCGUGUGCACCAAAUUAUUUGUUAAUGGGGGAAUCUGAGUGUUUGUGUCGCGGCUAUAUAUGUAUAUGUACCCAGUAGCCGCGCCAGUGCCCCCGCGCGGCGGGCGUCGUGCCAUCGAUCGAGUUUCCUUUCUACUUCUAUACCAAAGCACUCUCCUUUCCCACUUUGUUGAAGCUUUAGUAAACAUACAACGACUUCACUCGGCGAGCAACAAACGAACAGUUUUGAUGUCUCGCAAGCUUUGUAGGUUAUGUAUGGCGCUGUUUUGUACUGGUAUUCAUGUACCAAUAACACGUUGCGUUGGGUGUAAAAUCAAUUUGUUAUAUCCAAUUAAGUAUUUUUGAAUAUCCCUGUGCAAUAAAGAAUUUCUUUUGUAUGUAUUUU